UUUUUUCCACCACAACGAAAAGAAGAAAAUAAUUAUUCAAUAACUUUUUCAAAAACUUUUUUUAACCUGCCAUCAUGGAGUCUAAUAAAAAGCAGUUGACACUUAAUCUGUUGAUGGCUGUUGGGACUGCUGUGAUUGGCUCCUUGCAGUUUGGCUACAACACAGGAGUCAUCAAUGCCCCUCAGAAGAUCAUCGAAACCUUCUACAAUGAGACAUGGCAACGUAGAUAUUCAGAGUCCAUCCCGCCAACCACUUUAACUACGCUCUGGUCUGUAUCAGUGGCCAUUUUCUCUGUAGGUGGCAUUUUCGGCUCCUUCUCGGUGGGCCUCUUUGUAAACCGCUUUGGCAGGAGGAACUCAAUGCUCAUAGUUAAUGUUUUGGCCUUCAUAUCUGCUGCUUUAAUGGGCUUUUCCAAGCUGGCUGAAUCCUGGGAAAUGCUUAUUAUUGGACGCUUCAUUGUCGGCCUUUACUCUGGCCUGUCCACAGGCUUUGUACCAAUGUAUGUAGGAGAAAUCGCCCCAACUUCAUUACGUGGGGCGCUUGGUACACUUCAUCAGCUUGGCAUUGUCACAGGCAUCCUCAUGGCACAGAUCUUUGGUAUUAAAGAAAUCAUGGGGACCUCAACAAUGUGGCCCUUCCUACUUGGCUUUACUUUCAUCCCAGCUUUACUCCAGUGUGCCGUGCUGCCCUUCUGCCCCGAGAGCCCACGCUUCCUCCUCAUCAACCAGAAAGAGGAGGCCAAAGCCAAGAGUGUGCUGAAGAAGCUGCGUGGCACUGAUGAUGUGGAAGAAGACAUGCAGGAGAUGAGGGAGGAGAGCAGGCAGAUGAUGAGGGAGAAGAAGGUCACCAUCCCUGAGCUGUUCCGCUCAUCGCUCUACCGCCAGCCCAUCUUCAUUGCCAUCAUGCUGCAGCUCUCCCAGCAGCUCUCCGGUAUCAAUGCUGUUUUUUAUUACUCUACUGCUAUAUUUGAGAAAGCAGGGGUGUCUGAGCCAGUCUAUGCCACCAUUGGUGCUGGAGUUGUGAACACAGCAUUCACAGUGGUGUCGCUGUUCAUAGUGGAGCGAACUGGCCGAAGAUCACUACAUCUUGUUGGGCUGAUGGGAAUGGCUGUGUCUUCUGUUCUCAUGACCAUAGCUAUGGCGCUACUAGAAGAAGUGAAAUGGAUGUCGUACGUCAGCAUUGUAGCCAUCUUCAGUUUUGUGGCAUUUUUCGAGAUCGGACCAGGCCCGAUCCCAUGGUUCAUUGUGGCAGAACUCUUCAGUCAAGGCCCCAGGCCCUCUGCCAUCGCUGUCGCUGGUUUCUCCAACUGGUUUGCCAACUUCUUGGUGGGAAUGUCCUUCCAGUAUAUUGCGGAACUGACUGGCCCGUAUGUUUUCAUCAUCUUCACUGUCCUCCUGCUGAUAUUCUUCGUCUUCACCUACUUCAAAGUUCCUGAGACCAAAGGCCGAACAUUUGACGAGAUCUCAGCAAGCUUUCGCUCAGGGGCAGAGAAGUAUACCCGAGAUGAUCUGAAUACACUGGGAGCAGAUUCACAGCUCUGAGCUCUGCGUCAUGUUUAUAGAGUACUGCUAUAGACUAAGCAAGUGACUGUCCUGUUCACAAUGGCAAACUACCAUAUUACUCCUACUAGGAAUGCAGUAGGUUAUGAAGUGUUUACUUUACAUAUUUUUCCAAUUGCAUUGAAUACCC